GCACUAAGCAGGAGGGGGCCAUCGAGGCCAUGGCCUGUAUCUUUCAUACGUUGUCACGCAGUUAGACAUGUUCCCAUACUACAUACUAUAUGAUUUUUUAUAAAUAGGGUUGGAAAAUUAUAUGCCAUGUAGCAGACACUUUUAUCUAGGGCCGGGACGAUACCAGUAUAAGCGAUUCUCGUUAGUAUCGUGGCAAGGAAACAAAACACAAAGCGGAUUUAACUUAUUUAGGAAAAGAGCUCUGUUGGAAACAAACAUCAUUAUGUUGUCAUCCAGAGUCACAUUUAUUUAUUUAAAGGACCAAAGAGUUUGGUUUGCUUCGUGUUUUCAUUUUUGCAUACACUUUAAGUAUAUGUGACUCCAGUGGGAAUCGAAUCCAUGACCAUCCAAGACCUGAUGUAACUGAAAGUAUUUGAGGUUCACUAUGGGUGUAAUGACACCAGGGGAGUGGGUGUCAUUGUCGUGUGGUUGGUUGUCCUUGACCCCUUGGCCCCCCCAGGUGUGAUGGAGCAGUUGGAUGUGGACAUCGUGCCAUACAUUGUGCUGCUGGUGGUGCCGGUGCUGGGCCGCAUGAGUGACCCCAGUGACAGCGUCCGUUUCAUGGCCACGCAGUGCUUCGCCACCCUCAUCCGCCUGCUACCCCUGGAGGUAUACACACACACAAACCAAUACAGAACAGUCAGUAUGUUUUAAGGAAAUUCGUUUGAGCAAGUAUUUAUUUAGGAGUAGUUAUUAGCUUUUUUGGGAUUACAUUUACAUUUUAGUAAUUUAGCAGACGCUCUUAUCCAGAGCGACUUACAGUUAGUGAGUGCAUACAUUUUCAUACUGGCCCCCCGUGGGAAACGAACCCACAACCCUGGCGUUGCAAAUGCCAUGCUCUACCAACUGAGCUACAGGGGACUACAUGCCAGGUGAUUCUGUGCAGUCCGAAUGCAAUGUAGUCAAUUUCAAACAUUCACUAGAUCUGCCAUAUACAGUGCAUUCAGAAAGUAUUCAGACCCCUUGGCGUUUUCCACAUUUUGUUACAGCCUUAAUCUAAAAUGGAUUCAAUCGUUUUUUCCCCCUCCUCAAUCUACACACAAUACCCCAUAAUGACAAAGCAAAAACUGGUUUUUAAAAAUGUUUGCAAAUGUAUUCAAAAUAAAAAAACUAAAAUACUUAGGUAUACAGACCCUUUACUCAGUACUUUGUUGAAGAACCUUUGGCAGCGAUUACAGCCUCGAGUCUUCUUUGGUAUGACGCUACAAGCUUGGCACACCUGUAUUUGGGGAGUUUCUCCUGUUCUCUGCAGAUCCUCUCAAGCUCUGUCAGGUUGAAUGGGGAGCGUCGCUGCACAGCUAUUUUCAGGUCUCUCCAGAGAUGUUCGAUCGGGUUCAAGUCCAGGCUCUGGCUGGGCCACUCAUUGACAUUCAGAGACUUUUCCCGAUGCCACUCCUGCGUUGUCUUGGCUGUGUGCAUAGGGAAGAUGUCCUGUUGGAAGGUGAACCUUCGCCCCAGUCUGAGGUCCUGAGCGCUCUGGAGCAGGUUUUCAUCAAGAAUCUCUGGAUACUUUGCUCUGUUUAUCUUUCCCUCGAUCCUGACUAGUCUCCCAGUCCCUGCCGCUGAAAAACAUCCCCUCAGCAUGAUGCUGCCACCACCAUGCUUCACCGUAGGGAUGGUGCCAGGUUUCCUCCAGACGUGACGGUUGGCAUUCAGGCCAAAGAGUUCAAUCUUGGUUUUAUCAGACCAGAGAAUCUUGUCUCAUGGUUUGAGAGUCCUUUUAGGUGCCUUUUGCCAAACUCCAAGCGGGCUGUCAUGUGCCUUUUUACUGAGGAGUGGCUUCUGUCUGGCCACUCUACCAUAAAGGCCUGAUUGAUGGAGUGCUGUUUUGGUACCCUUCCCCAGAUCUGUGCCUUGACACAAUCCUGUCUCUGAGCUCUACGGACAAUUCCUUCGACCUCAUGGCUUGGUUUUUGACAUGCACUGUCAACUGUGGGACCAAUCAAUUGAAUUUACCACAGGUGGACUCCAAUCAAGUUGUAGAAACAUCUCAAAGAUGAUCAAUGGAAACAGAAUGCACCUGAGAUCAAUUUUGAGUGCCAUAGCAAAGGGUCUGAAAACUUAUGUAAAUAAGGUAUUUCAGUUUUUUAUUUUUAAUACAUUUGCCAAAAAAUUCUAAACUUGUUUUUGCUUUGUCAUUUUGGGGUAUUGUGUGUAGAUUUAAAAAUUAAACAAUUUUAGAAUAAGGCUAACUUAACAAUGUGGAAAAAGUCUAGGGGUCUGAAUCCUUUCCAAAUGCACUGUAUCAUUUCUUAACCCUGGGCAACAUGGGCCUGGGAGGUUUACAGGGAUAUUGGUAUCUACAGUACUCCACCAAUUCUACAUUUUUUAACUCAAUACUUCUUGUAUUUUUACGUAAAUGCACUGUAAUUUAAGCUUUAAAACUGCGGUGUUAUCUGUGCCUCGUGGCAAAAUGUGUAGUAUUGCAGGAUAUUGGUUUUGAAGUUGCAACAACAAACAAUCUCUGCCCCAUGACACACAAUGUGUAAAAUUGCAGGAAAUUUGCUUGAACACUGCAAAGUUCUCUCUACAAUGCCAAGAGGCUGGCCUUUAAAAUGUUCCAUCCCAGGGCCCGAGACUUGGUUCGUCCGGCCAUGCACUGUUGGAAGUCAUAGUACAACACCUCGUAUGCUAUUUUUAUCUCACUCAAGUUGUUCUGAUUAUGAGGUUGUCCCUGAUGAAUUUGCUAUCACAAAAGGGGUCCCCGGCCCAAAAAAGUUUGAGAACCCCUGAUCUACAGUGUUAUUUCCUACUGCACAAUAUGGUCAAUUCUAUUUUGACCAGUAGAAGGCAGUAUAUCUCAUUGUUAUCCUAUAUUUUAUGUGAUGGUCAUUUGGAGGAUGUGUGUUCUCCUUCCAUUUUGAUUGAAGGCGACUUUGACCUCUCAGUCAGCGGUUAAGUGUUGUCAGCUCAUUUGUUCAGUUCAGUCAGAGAUGAAGUGGGAGUAAUGAAUCAGGCACACUGCAGAACCGGACAAUUCAAUGUCAUUACCUUCCAUACCGAGACUUACAUUGUUGACUCCCGUAUUUCAUAUUUAGGAGGCUUGGCUUUUGCACCUGAUAUUAUUUGUUUAGAGAUCUUACAGCCUUUUCACACUCGUGCUGUGCCCAUUCGUAUUGCACUCAGAUAUUUUAUUUUCUCAUUGUCCUUUCCAGCAAGGUUCCAGCAACUAUGGUGGAUGCUAAACCAGGCCAGCGAAGUACAGUUGGGCUUGGUUCGGCUUAGUGGUGUGAGAAGGGUAUGAGUUUUGAGUCCUAUUUAUUAUUAUUUUUUUUAGGCGGGUAUCCCGGACCCUCCCACCAUGUCGGACGAUCUGAUUCGCCAAAAGGCCAGAGAGCGUCACUUUCUGGAGCAGCUGCUUGACGGCAGGAAGCUGGAGAACUACAAGAUCCCUGUGCCCAUCCAGGCCGAGCUCCGCAAGUAUCAGCAGGUGUGUUUACAAAUCUGUGUUUACAUGUCUAUCUUUUUACUUUUCUGUGUUUGUUUACACAUGUUUCUAUAUGUGUGUUUUAGAGAUGGAUCAAUAAUCAGUAGAACCGCUAUUAGCCCUUUCAUUUACAUUACAUUUACAUUACAUUUUUGUCAUUUAGCAGACGCUCUUAUCCAGAGCGACUUACAGUUAGUGCAUACAUUAUUUUAUCGAACCCACAACCCUGGCGUUGCAAACGCCAUGCUCUACCAACUGAGCUACAUCCCCUGCCGGCCAAAUCCCUCCCCUACCCUGGACGACGCUGGGCCAAUUGUGCGCGCCGCCCCAUGGGUCUCCCGGUCGCGGCCGGCUACGACAGAGCCUGGAUUCGAACCAGGAUCUCUAGUGGCACAGUUUAGCACUGCGAUGCAGUGCCUUAGACCACUGCGCCACUCGGGAGUAUAGUCUAUUGAUGCGCCUUUCCUAGUCUAUCGGCUAUUGGCCCUUGACUAUAGGUGCAGUGUCAAACUACUGCAAGCUACAGCCGGCGCAUAUUUAUUGGAAAGGCGCAUCAAUCUCAUCACCUUGCACUUGAUCUUUUAUUUCAAUCUGAAUGCUUUCCUGACAUCUCGUAGUGGGAGGACUACACAUGACAAAGCAAAAACAUUUACAUGAGUAUUCAGACCCUUUACUCAGUACUUUGUUGAAGCACCUUUGGCAGCGAUUACAGCCUGGAGUCUGACACUACAAACUUGGCACACCUGUAUUUGGGGAGUUUCUCCCAUUCUUCUCUGCAGAUCCUCUCAAGGUCUGUCAGGUUGGAUGGGGGAGUGUUGCUGCACAGCUAUUUUCGUGUUCAAGUCCAGGCACUGGCUGGCCCACUCAAGGACAUUCAGAGACUUGUCCACUCAAGGACAUUCAGAGACUUGUCCCGAAGCUACUCCUGCGUUGUCUUGGCUGUGUGCUUAGGGUCGUUGUCCUGUUGGAAGUUGAACCUUCGCCCCAGUCUGAGGUCCUGAGUGCUCUGGAGCAGGUUUUCAUCAAGCAUCUCUCUGUACUUUGCUCCUUUUCAUCUUUCCCUUGAUCCUGACUAGUCUCCCAGUCCCUGCCGCUGAAAAACAUCCCCACAGCAUGACGUUGCCACCACCAUGCUUCACCGAAGGCAUGGUAUUGGCUAGGUGAUUAGCGGUGCCUAGUUUCUUCCAGAAGUGACGCUUGGCAUUCAGGCUAAAGAGUUCAAUCUUGGUUUCAUCAGACCAGAGAAUAUUGUUUCUCGUGGUCUGAGAGUCCUUUAGGUGCCUUUUGGCAAACUCCAAGCAGGCUGUCGUGCCUUUGAUGCCACUCCUCAGUAAAUCUGGCCACUCUACCAUAAAGGCCUGAUUUGGUGGUGCUGCAGAGAUGGUUGUCCUUCUGGAAGGUUCUCCCAUCUCCAGAGGCACUCUGGAGCUCUGUCAGUGACCAUUGGGUUCUUGGUCACCUCCCUGACCAAGGCCCUUCUCCCCCGAUUGCUCAGUUUGGCCGGGCGGCCAGCUCUAGGAAGAGUCUUGGUGGUUCCAAACUUCUACCAUUUUAAGAAUGAUGAAGGCUACUGUGUUCUUGGGGACCUUCAAUGCUGCAGAAAUGUUUUGUUACCCUUCCCUAGAUCUGUGCCUCGACACAAUCCUGUCUCGGAGCUCUACGGACAAUUCCUUCGACCUCAUGGCAUGGUUUUUGCUCUGACGUGCACUGUCAACUGUGGGACCUUUUAUAUAGACCGGUGUGUGUGCCUUUCCAAAUCAUGUCCAAUCAAUUGAAUUUACCACAGGUGGACUCCAAGUUGUAGAAACAGCUCAAGGAUGAUCAAUGGAAACGGGAUGCACCUGAGCUCAAUUUUGAGUCUCAUAGCAAAGGGUCUGAAUACUUAUGUAAAUAAGGUAUUUCAGUUUUUUUAUUAAUAAAUCCCCCCCCCCAAAAAAAAAAAAAAAAAAAACUUUUCGCUUUGUCAUUGUGGGAUGUUGUGUGUAGAUUGAGUUUUUUUUUUUAUUGAAUAUGCAUUCACCUGUAUUGUAAGUAGGUCUAGGCGUCAUCUUGAUUUACCCAGUUUAUCAAGAGGGAUUUACCGUCUUAAAUAAAUAAUUAGGUACACUGAACAAAUAUAAAUGCAACAAUAUCGAAGAGUUACAGUUCAUAUAAGGAAAUCCGUCAAUUGAAAUAAAUUCAUUAGGCCCUAAUCUACGAAUUUCACAUGACUGGGAAUACAGAUAUGCAUCUGUUGGUCACAGAUACUGUUCAAAAAAGUAGGGGCGUGGAUCAGAAAACCAAUCAGUAUCUGGUGUGACCACCAUUUGCCUCAUGCAGUGCGACACAUCUCCUUCACAUAAAGUUGAUCAGGCUGUUGAUUGUGAAUUUUGUCUUCUUCAAUGGCUGUGCGAAGUUGCUGAAUAUUGGCGGGAACUGGAACAUGGUCAUACUCGUUGAUCCAGAGCAUCCAAAACAUGCUCAAUGGGUGACAUGUCUGAGUAUGCAGGACGCUGAAACAUGAGGUGAUGGCAGUGGAUGAAUGGCACGACAAUGGGCCUCGUCAUAGUACCUCGGUACAUUCACAUUUCCGUUGAUAAAAUGCAAUUGUGUUCGUUGUCCGUAGUUUAUGCCUGCCCAUACCAUAACCCCACCACAACCAUGGGGCACUCUGUUCACAACGUUGACAUCAGCAAACCGCUCGUCCACACAACGCCAUAGCCACAGUCUGCCAUCUGCCCGGUACAGUUGAAAUCCAUGAAGAGCACACUUUUCCAGUGGCCAUUGAAGGUGAGAAUUUGCCCACUGAAGUCGGUUACAGCUCUGGAGGACAUUCCUGCAGUCAGCAUGCCAAUUGCAUGCUCCCUCAAACUUGAGACAUCUGUGGCACAUUUUAGUGGCCUUUUAUCGUCCCCAGCACAAGGUGCACAUGUGUAAUGAUCAUACUGUUUAAUCAGCUUUUUGAUAUGAUACACCUGUCGGGUGGAUGGAUUAUUUUGGCAAAGUAGAAAUUCUCAGUAACAGGGAUGUAAACACAUUUCUGGGCUCUUUUUAUUUCAGCUCAUGAAACAUGGGACCAACACUUUACAUGCUGCUUUCAUAAUUUUGUUCCGUGUAAUAAUUGACUAUUCCACCCUGACCGAGUUCUCGUGCAAUAUUUCACGCAAUAUGAUUGCAAAUGUGACUUUCAUUGACAUUAAGGUGCAGUAAUGAGGCGCUUUCAGAGCAGGGCAGAGAAAAUAAAGAAAUUACAUUUUUUGUAAAAAAUAAAAGAUAUGUAUUGCUGUUUUUUUAUAUUUUAAUGUUUUUAAAUACUUUUGUCAUCGUGGCAGAGACAUGUAUGUGUAGGCCAUCUAUCUGAUGCUGUCUGGACAAAAGUCAGAGGGGUGCUGUUUCGCUUGCUCGGGUGUUUUCUCCGGUGAGAUAUGGUCGUUUUAGCCACUUGCAAGGGAAGUUGGUGGGUGCACUGUUCAGAUGCUGUAAUUAUUUUGGAUGAACGUGCAAAGGUAGGCUACUUUUUGAAGUGAUUUGUUUGACAAUCAGAUGACAACAUGACUGGUUGUGUUCAUGGCACAUUAAAACGUAAUACAUUUUUACAGUUAAAUUACAUGUAUUUACUAUAAAACCCAUAAAUAUUUACUAUAAAACCUAAUAGAAACUUGUUGGAUAUAUUUGCAAUUCAUUUAGGAUGUUUCAGAUUAUUUUGUGCCCAAUAAAAAUGAAUGGUAAAUAGUGUUAUUUAUCUAUUCAGCGCUUUAGUCUCAUUGUUUUCUGCUAGGCUCUACAAAAAGGGUUUGCUUUUAAAUGCUGCAGGGAGGAGGGUAGCUUCUGCUGACAAAUGGCUUUUGGACAGAACAAAUAAAGAAUUGUGGAAUUGAUGGGCUUGUAUACUGUGCUGGUAUCCUGCUGAGCCCAACAUCCAUCUCUCUAGUAUAAUGGAACCCUGCAGAGUAUUGGGAUAAAACCUCUCUGCUGGUCAACACAGGAUAGGGCUACACCCAGCAUAGACUAGACUAGACUGGUGCAGAACAAGCAUGCCACUGUGACGUUCAGCGUGUUUUGAUUAGUUGUUUGGGAUACAAAGUGAUUUGAAGAUCAGUGAUUUGUGCAGUCCGACUGCUAUGUAGUCAACCUCAUAUGCACAAUAUCAGCACAGUAAAGAUGUUUGUGUGAAUCCUUUGACUCCCCAAAAACGCAGUGCAACAGCUCAUUGCAUCCCAUCAUUGUCUGCUCUGUCAUAGCUAGUAUGUAAAAUGUGAUUGACAAGGUUAUUAAAAUGAGUUGUUGAUGGACCGUUUCAAUAACUUUGAUUACAUUUACAUUUUGAUCUCUCCAGGACGGAGUGAACUGGCUGUCCUUCCUGAACAAGUACAAGCUGCACGGUAUCCUCUGUGAUGACAUGGGCCUGGGCAAGACCCUGCAGUCCAUCUGCAUCCUGGCUGGGGACCACUACCUCAGGUACUGAACUGCAUGACCACACACUAGUCACGUUCCAGGCCGACUAUAUUGCAGUUGUGCUGCAUUUAUCAACCAAUGGUUGCAACUGCAGAUUGCUAUGUCAUAAUGUGGUAAGCUGAUAUGCUAAAUACUAGGGAUGUGCAUCUUUCCCUUUCAAAAAAUCUCUGAAGCUGGAGACUCUUAUCUCCCUCACUAACUUUAAGCAUCAGUUGUCAGAGCACCUUACCGAUCACUGCACCUGUACACAGCCCAUCUGAAAUUAGCCCACCCAACUACCUCAUCCCUAUAUUGUUAUUUAUUUUGCUCUUUUGCACCCCAGUAUCUCUAUUUGCACAUAAUCUCUUGCACAUCUAGCAUUCCAGUGUUAAUACUAAUUGUAAUUAUUUUGCACUAUAGCCUAUGUAUUGCCUUACCUCCAUAACUUGCUACAUUUGCACACACUGUAUAUAUAUUUUCUGUUGUAUUUUUUGACUUUAUGUUUUUUUACCCCAUAUGUAACUCUGUUGUUUUUAUCACACUGCUUUGCUUUAUCUUGGCCAGGUCGCAGUUGUAAAUGAGAACUUGUUCUCAACUGGCUUACCUGGUUAAAUAAAGGUGAAAUAAAAUAAAUAAAUAAAAGACAAUUCAAUACGUAUCUAGAUACAUGGGCUCCAAUAAGAUACAGAAACGAUACGUUUUAGUUUGAAGCGAUUCGGUUUGAUUAGAGAACGAUACGAUUCAAUGCACUAACAUUUGUUGAAUAAACACAUUUCAGUUUCAAUUAUAUAUUAAAAUCUGCUGCUGAUAUGGAGCUCAUGAACGGGGCCUUUGUGUGGGGAAUUAUACAUGUGUAUGAGCUAAGUAGGCAGCUGAGCCAUAAGGGAGACUAGGCAUCUACCACCCCACUACCAGAUUAGGGGGUCAAUGUAGCCUGUUUUUUGUCCCCCACACUAAUUAUCUGUCAUGGUCAAAACAUAUUGAUACAACAGUAGCUAGGAUGGGGAGAUGUCUGUCCAUAAUAAAGCACUGCUCUACCUUCUUAACAGCACGAUCAACAAAACAGGUCCUACAGGCCCUAGUUUUGUCGCACAUGGACUACUGUUCAGUCGUGUGGUCAGGUGCCACAAAAAGGGACUUCAAUGUUUUUCAAUUGGCUCAGAACAGGGCAGCAUGGCUGGACCUUGGAUGUACACAGAGAGCUAACAUUAAUAACAUGCAUGUCAAUCUCUCCUGGCUGAAAGUGGAGGAGAGAUUGACUUAAUGUUGAAUGCACCGAGCUGUCUGUUUGGCGCACAGCUCGGACACCCAUGCAUACCCCACAAGACAUGCCACGAGGUCUCUUCACAGUCCCCAAGUCCAGAACAGACUAUGGGAGGUGCACAGUACUACAUAGAGCCAUGACUACAUGGAACUCUAUUCCACAUCAACUGAUGUAAGCAGUAAAAUUAGAUUUAAAAAACUGAUAAAAAUACACCUUAUGGAACAGCGGGGACUGUUAAGCAACACAAACAUAGACACAUGCAUACACACAUGAUAACAUACGCACUAUACACACACUUACACAUCGAUUUUGUAUUGUAGAUAUGUGGUAGUGGUGGAGUAGGGGCCUGAGGGCACACAACGUGUUGUGAAAUCUGAAUGUAAUGUUGCCUUGGCAGCAGUUAAUGGGGAUCCAUAAUAAAUACAAAUACAGAACUUGUAACAUCACCCACUAAAUAACUUUCAAUUUUUGCAGAUUGUGUUUGCGCUAGUAAUGUGUCAAUAUUUAUCAUUUACAAAUUAGCUAUCACAUAGCCAAUGAAUAUAUAGCACAACAACUUUGGAUUUCACCCCCAUUUCAAAAUCGAAUGGUUUUGACCGUUUGGAAGUUUUUGCGGAGUGAUCUCUUCUCCUCUGGCUUUGGCCAUGCAGUGCGCUUUGCAAAAGUGAUUGCUGUCCUCGUUAUGAAAUUAUCCAUCUUUCCCUGUAUAUCACAAAAUUACCAUAUACAGUGCCUUUGGAAAGUAUUCAGACCCCUUGACCUUUUCCAUCUUUUUGUUAUGUUACAGUCUUAUUUUAAAAUUGAUUAAAUUGUUUUUUUCCCCUCAUCAAUCUACACACAAUACCCCAUAAUGACGAAGCAAAAACAGGUUUUUAGAAAUUUUUGCAAAGGUAUAUAAUCUUUUGCCAUCAUCAGUUCUUUUUAAGUCUUGGUUCCAAUAGUUUAUAUUUUUAUCUAAGAGAUUGUCAGUUGGAUAGGCUCUCUGCAUGGUUUUGUAUACUUUCCCUAUCAUAUGAACAUCCUUUUCUGACUCAAAUAAGGUUCCCUCCAGGUUGCUCUGAUGAUUUUCAUGAUGUGUAAUGUUUAAGUGAAUCUAUAUUGGUCAGUCCAAAAUUGCUUUUUAAUUCUGUCAUGGAAAUAAAUGUGUUUUCUGUUACCAAGUCAUUUAUGCCUUUUAAUUUUGCAUGUGGACCAAUUUAUCGGUGAAUUCUGAAAAGCUAUCCAAGGAUUGUUCCAUAAGGUUGUUUUUAGGGAGUAAUAUUGGUUCUUAGCUUGAUCCUUUUUUGAAAAUAGACACGUAAAAAUAUUCUGGGGAUGAGCAUGUGCAUCUUCAAUAUGUACCCAUUGUUCCUCUUUAGUGCAUUUAACUACAGUGGCUUGCGAAAGUAUUCACCCCCCCUUGGCAUUUUUCCUAUUUUGUUGCCUUACAACCUGGAAUUAAAAUAGGUUUGUAUCAUUUGAUUUACACAACAUGCCUACCACUUUGAAGAUGCCCCCCAAAAAAUGGGGUGAAACAAACAAGAAAUAAGACAAACAGAACUUGAGCGUGCAUAAUUAUUCACCCCUCCAAAGUCAAUACUUUGUAGAGCCACCUUUUGCAGCAAUUACAGCUGCAAGUCUCUUGGGGUAUGACUCUUUAAGCUUGGCACAUCUAGCCACUGGGAUUUUUGCCCAUUCUUCAAGGCAAAACUGCUCCAGCUCCUUCAAGUUGGACGGGUUCCGCUAAUGUUCAGCAAUCUUUAAGUCAUACCACAGAUUCUCAAUUGGAUUGAGGUCUGGGCUUUGACUAGGCCAUUCCAAGACAUAUUUAAAUGUUUCCCCUUAAACCACUCAAGUGUUGCUUUAGCAGUAUGCUUAGGGUCAUUGUCCUGCUGGAAGGUGAACCUCUGUCCCAGUCUCAAAUCUCUGGAAGACUGAAACAGGUUUCCCUCAAUGUCCCUGUAUUUAGCGCCAUCCAUCAUUCCUUCAAUUCUGACCAGUUUCCCAGUCCCUGCCGAUGAAAAACAUGGUGUUCUAGGGGUGAUGAGAGGUGUUGGGUUUGCACCAGACAUAGCAUUUUCCUUGAUGGCCAAAAAGCUCAAUUUUAGUCUCAUCUGACCAUAGUACCUUCUUCCAUAUGUUUGGGGAGUCUCCCACAUGGCUUUUGGUUAACACCAAACGUGUUUGCUUAUUUUUUUUCUUUAAGCAAUGGCUUUUUUCUGGCCACUCUUCCGUAAAGCCCAGCUCUGUGGAGUGUACGGCUUAAAGUGGUCCUAUAGACAGAUACUCCAAUCAAUUUGCAGCUCCUUCAGGGUUAUCUUUGGUCUCUUUGUUGCCUCUCUGAUUAAAGCCCUCCUUGCCUGGUCCGUGUGUUUUGGUGGGUGGCCCUCUCUUGGCAGGUUUGUUGUGGUGCCAUAUUCUUUCAAUUUUUUAAAUAAUGGAUUUAAUGGUGCUCCGUGGGAUGUUCAACGUUUCGGAUAUUUUUUUAUAACCCAACCCUGAUCUGUACUUCUCCACAACUUUGUCCCUAACCUGUUUGGAGAGCUCCUUGGUCUUCAUUGUGCCGCUUGCUUGGUGGUGCCCCUUGCUUAGUGGUGUUGCAAACUCUGGGGCCUUUCAGAACAUUGUGUGUGUGUGUAUAUAUAUAUAUAUAUACUGAGAUCAUGUGACACUUAGAUUGCACACAAGUGGACUUUAUUUAACUAAUUAUGUGACUUCUGAAGGUAAUUGGUUGCACCAGAUCUUAUUUAGGGACUUCAUAACAAAGGGGGUGAAUACGUAUGCACGCACCACUUUUCCGCUAUUUAUUUUUUUAUAAUUUUUUUAAACUAAUUUUUUUCAUUUCACUUCACCAAUUUGGACUAUUUUGUGUAUGUCCAUUACAUGAAAUCCAAAUAAAAAUCAAUUUAAAUUACAUGCAACAAAAUAGGAAAAACGCCAAGGGGGCUGAAUACUUUUGCAAGGCACUGUAUGUUGCAAGUAAAAGCCUUGGGUAGCUUGUUGAUACAAUUCCAAGUCUGGAAGGUUAAAACCACCCUCAGAUUUAGGAAGAUGUAAAACGUUUUUUUUUAUUCUAGUAAUUUAUUUGCCAUAUAAAGUCUUAUGACAGAGUAUACUUUUGAAAGAAUGUCUUCGGUGGGGUAAUUGGUAUUACCGAAAAUAAAUACAAAAACUUUGGCAGCCAUGCCAUUCUAAAGAGGUUUAUUCUACCUGUAAGAUUUAUGGUAAGAUUAUUCCAUUUAAUUAGACCUGCUUUCAUAUUGUUGAGUAAUGGAAUAAAGUUAUCUUUAUAUAUUUGUUAGUUGUCACUUAAAUAUUUUCUGGUGCUCCUAAAUGCACCAGUGCUACCAAUUUUUUUUCUUUUCUUUUUUCUUUAAUUUUUCAUUUCUAUUUGGAGCCCUGGUCACAUGCAGUUUCACACUGAAGGAGAGGACACAUCAGUUGUCACAGAAGAUUAAAGGUAUUUUUGGAGGGUAGAAAGAAUAUUUUAUGAGCAAAAUAAAUAAUUUGAACCGGCGAUUCGUAACGUUUGAAUAGAUGUUCUGACCGAUGCAUGCUACAUUUGGAUCAGUUUGGGGUUCACGGACCAACGCAAUUGUAUCUUAAACGUUUGAAUCGGGGACCGAUGCGUGUCAGUGAAUUGUUACAUCCCUACUAAAUACCUAUCCAGGCGUUGUGAAAUCUGGCAGGCAACUGCAAUGUAGUCGUCCUGGAAUGCGCCCACAGUUUGACUUUCAACUGUACGCCUUCAGCACAUUGGAGAGGCUCCUCUGUUGUUAAAGGAGUUGUCAUAUUAAUUGUUACAUUGUGUGCAGGGUGCAGGAGUAUGCCAAAACCAAGGCGGCAGACAGCACCCCCCUGCCCUCUCUGGUGGUGUGCCCCCCCACCCUGACAGGUCACUGGGUGGACGAGGUGGGCAAGUUCUGCACCAAAGAGUACCUGAACCCCCUGCACUACACGGGACCCCCUACAGAGCGAGCACGGUAAGACCCCUUUACCAACCCUGACCCACCCAAACAUACACAUGAUUCCACCACAGAGACAUUGUGUAGGAGAACACAGCAUCAUUUGUUUCAAUUAUUCACGUAAAAAUAUUUCAUGAUAUCUUGUUUUUUGUAUUGCAGGUUACAGCAUCAAGUGAAAAAGCACAACCUGGUAGUAGCCUCUUACGAUGUUGUACGGAACGACAUUGACUUUUUUAGGUUAUUUAUUUAUUUAUUUAUUUAUUUAUAUAUAUAUAUAUAUAUAUAUAUAUUGCCAUAGAACAAAAUAUAUCUUCUUUGGAAGGCUGGAUAAGUGAUUUUAUAAAUAACAUAUGUAUAAAUAAUUUUUUUAGGAAUAUACAUUUCAAUUACUGUAUCCUCGACGAGGGCCAUGUGAUCAAGAACGGGAAGACCAAGCUCUCAAAAGCCAUAAAGCAGUUGGCGGCCAACUUCCGAGUUAUCCUAUCAGGAACGCCCAUCCAGGUGGGGGCAUGAAACUUUUUCCAAUUUUAGUCCGUGAAGAAUGAGCAAAGGCUUCUGCAGUGGAAAUGCAUCUGAUUUUAAGUUGCUAACACACUUGCAGUGUUUUUGUUUUGGCACUUUGGUACUAAUCUUUAAUGUAAGACCAUGAUCCUCUUGAGCCUGUUCUGUGCUCACUGCAUUAGAUGAAUCUUGCCUAAUCAUUUCUCUAUUCUGGCCUAAUGAUUCCAGUUCCUCCACUCUGUGGGGUGGUUGGAGUUAUUGGUUUUCCAUUGACAGGUGUAUUAGUGGAUGAAAUGAAAUAAGGACAUUAUGCCAAGCCUGUGACAAUAGUGGUGAUGUAGGCCAGAUUGUGGAUGCUUAUUGUCUACUCUGCUACUGUAGACUUCUGUUAGAUGAGUUCAGCCCAAGCAUUCAGAAUACUUGUAAAUCUCAGCAUUUAUUUCAGUCUAAUACAACUCGCUCUCUGUCUCUCCUUCUUCCACCUCUCCUCAGAAUAAUGUUCUGGAGCUGUGGUCGCUCUUUGACUUCCUCAUGCCCGGCUUCCUGGGCACAGAACGCCAGUUUGCUGCCCGCUACGGCAAGCCCAUCCUGGCCAGCCGUGACGCCAAGAGCUCGUCGCGCGAGCAGGAGGCCGGUAAGAUCUAAUUUUGGUGUGGUCAUCAGCCCUGAGUGCCUAACAAUGAGUGCACGGAAGCUGGAUCUGGUUCAUUUGGCACUAGGAAUAGGUUGUGAGGAUAUCAGUCUCGUGAUAUUGCAAUACUCUAUUUUCCAUGGCAAAAAUUGUAACCCGAUGCGGACAACUCUUUGGUCCUUUAACCUGUUAAAGCAUUUUCAUUUGAAAGGUACAGCCCUGGUCUUUUUGGAAAUUAAACUCAAUUCUUACUGCUGGCAAUGUCAUAAACCCCCCCCCCCACUGCCAUAAAUCAUGCGCUAUGGUCAUAUUCUUAAGAGUAUGCAAUGUAGGUCAAGUCACCAAAAGUGCAGACAUUUCGUGUGCAUGGAAAGGGUACAUCCUUUGUGUCUAAUAGCUAGGGUCAUUUUAAGAUGUCAGGCUUGAAAAUCCGUUCAGCCAUUUUGGCACAGUGACUCGCUACCCAAACCAGAUGCAACUUUCAAGUGGCCAAGACACGUGAUCGAUCUACUGCUGUCUAAUGGACGAACUGGGAUUCAGACGGGGGAUAUAUUUACAUCAAUGGAUAGGUAGACUUUAGCUUUCUCAUAUGUAUAUCAUUGCUGUACAACUAAUGAUUCCUGAAAUACGAAAAACAUGCCCUGCGCUUUUAAGAUAGUGGUGUUCCUAUAGGCAUUUUAGAACGACACCAUUGGGUAAAAUAUCGGACUUUAUUUUUUCUUCCCUUCAUUAACAUAUUAUUUUUGGAACAGUAAUUGAUGACCUGUUUUAUGUCAAACCUAGACUUUCAAAUCUCUUAUUCCCCAACAUUUUGACAAUUGGGGGGAUUCCCCCCCACUCACACUGACAGUGGUGUUAGUAUCUUGUAAUGACGGUGUUCCCCUCCAGGGGUGCUGGCCAUGGAGGCGCUGCAUCGCCAGGUUCUGCCCUUCCUCUUGAGGAGGAUGAAGAAGGACGUGCUGCAGGACCUGCCCCCCAAGAUCAUCCAGGACUACUACUGCAACCUCAGCCCUCUACAGGUACACCACAUAGAGGAUCUUUGAAACACUUAUAACGCCAUGUAGAUGCCAUCUUCAUAAGAAGAGAAGAGCAUUCGCUUGUGUGUAUUCCACUUUCUAGUCACCAUAGAAACUAAGGCUGAGGCUGCAACAAAUCUUAAUGUUUCAAUCCAUUAAAUGAAAGCCUCGUCUGUAGCUUGUUGUAUACAUACAAUCUGUGUGCGUAUUUGAUGUUGACUACAUUGCAGAUGGACUAUGUAGAAUCACUGAUCUACAAAUCACAGUUCAUCCCAAAUAACUACUCAUUGUGAUUUUAGAUUAGCAAUUCUGUGCCUCCCAUUGCUCAAACUGAUCCCCUCAAACAUUCUCUCUCUGUGUCUGUCUCUCUGUCUGCAGGUUCAGCUGUAUGAGGACUUUGCCAAGUCCCGGGCCAAGGUCGGUGUGGAGGACACCAUCUCUACAGCCUCCACCCAGGAGGAGGAGAAGCCCAAGCUGAAGGCCACGGGCCACGUGUUCCAGGUACACACACACACACACACACACACACACACACAUACACACAUACCCAUACACACAUACACACACAUACACACACACACAAUGUAUGUGACUGCCUCACACACACAAUGUAUGUGACUGCCUUUGUAGUUUUUGGAUUGUCCCUGACCAUGAAAGGGGCUUUUUUCUCCACUGAGCUUCUCACACAUGUGAAUGCAUUGAAAUGUUAAGUCUGUGUGUAUACCAUACUUGGUACUUAUGUUAACGUCCUCUUCCCUCUCCAGGCUCUGCAGUACUUGAGGAAGCUGUGUAACCACCCAGGCCUGGUACUGCUGCCACAGCACCCUGAGUACAAGCGCAUCACAGACCAGCUGGCAGCACAACACUCCAGCCUCCGAGACAUCCAGCAUUCGCCUAAACUCUCAGCCCUCAAACAGGUACCACUCUACCCCUAUACCUUACCUCUGGGUACCACUCAUUCCCCAUUUCUUACACCAGUGUUUCUUAAUCCUGGUCCUGGCAUCCAAAGGGGUACACAGUUCAGUUUUUUCCUUAGCACUACGCACCUGAUUCAAAGCUUGAUGAUAAGUUGAUCAUUUUGAAUCAGCUGUGUAGUGCUAGGGCAAAAACCAAAACCUUGGGGUCCCAAGGACCAGGAUUAAGAAACACUGCACUACACUAAAGGCGUCCGCAUGCUUCCCAGCUGAAACGGUUCGGAACAGUUUGUGCAUAUAUUAUGACAUUUUGUGACGUUUUAGUCUUCUGCAAGGUUUUUUUCGGUUGUUCGUGCACAAAAUAGUUUUCUCGAGGCAAGCCGAAUUUGGCAGCCAAAGUCUAUGCCCCUUCCUCUGUGAUUGGUCAACAGUAGGGAUUCUUCAAUGAAGUGUUUGUCAUUUAAUGCGAAAGAGAUCAUUUUUAUGCACAUCUUUUCACUUGAGAAAUACUGCACCAAACAUGUAAAAUUGUGCGACUAAGAUCUCCUCUGCAAAAACAUCAAAAUAAAUACAAUUUAUUGUUGGCUUAUUUUGACUAUUUUGAGGAAUAGUAUACUUGCUACGGCAUCUCAAAAUUGACAAACAGUACUAUUUCCGCUUUUUCCUUGUUUUUAAGCGAAGGUCUUAAGGAAGUAUGCGAGCACACUUGUUUGUUUUACCUAGACGAGUUCUACUUGCAAGGCGCCAGUCGAACUGAAGCAUGCUGAUGCCUUAAACCCAAUCUAGCCCGCACCACCCCUACCCCCUCUCAGCCUUCACAGGUACCAUUCUAUCCCUAUCCCCCCCAUCUCUGCUUCAGAACUGGCAGUGACGGGGAUAGUAGUGGGGUGAGGUGCAGAUAUCGGUCUAUCGCCUACACUCUGAACUCCAUACUACUUAACAUCUAGAGAUAAAAACACUCAGUGAGUAAGUUGUAAUACUGAGCUUUUUUUCCCCCCUCUUCCCGCCCUCCAGUUGUUGUUGGACUGUGGUCUGGGCAGCAGCGGUUCAGCGGAGGGCAGAGAGGUGGUGGUGGCCCAACACAGAGUGCUGAUCUUCUGUCAGCUGAAAAGCAUGCUGGACAUCGUGGAGCACGACCUGCUCAAGCCCCAGCUGCCCACCGUCACCUACCUGCGACUUGACGGCAGCGUGCAGGCGAGCCUGCGCCACUCCAUCGUCUCAAGGUGAGAAAGGUGCCAAACAAGAGUUGGUGUCAAACAAGGAAUACUGGAAUACUCUUAGUAGUGUUGCCAGCAAACCAAAAAAUGAAGGGAGCUCCCAUCUAUUGUUUUUAUGACAGGACACCUUAGAAGUAGUUUAAGAGACAGGUAUUGGGCGCAGACAGUAGGCAGAGCCGAGGCUCGAACCCACGUCGUCAGGGGGUAUAUGUAGUCCGUAGUCAGGAGCUUAGACGGCUACACCAGACUCCGGCACAGUCCGUGCCUUUGCUGUAAUGUCACCCAUUGUGUAACUCACAAAUUUGAUCUGGAUUUAAAGGCACUGUCCUUCUCUCAGCCUCAUCUCACGUGGUCCUCUUCCCCUCUUUCACCCUCUUGCUAUCUCCUGUGCUCGGUCACGCUCGCUUUCAGGUUCAACAAUGACCCCUCCAUUGAUGUGCUGCUGCUCACCACUCAUGUGGGUGGUCUGGGUCUGAACCUGACUGGCGCUGACACGGUGGUGUUUGUGGAACACGACUGGAACCCCAUGAGAGACCUACAGGCCAUGGACCGCGCCCACAGGAUAGGACAGGUAUACUACUGCCUCUGCAUAGACACACAUACCCCUUUUCACACUACUGAGCCAAGCCGAGCUGUACUUGGCUGGCCUGGUUAAUCAUCCACCGUAGUUGCUGGAACCGUGCUAGAAAGGACAAUGUCAAAGAAAAGAUCCAGGCCAGCACAGUGCGGUUUGGGUCGGCCCUAUAGUGUGAAUCGGGCAAUGGCGUGUUUGAGGGGAUCAGUUUGAGCAUGCCGAGGCGGAGAAUCACUAAAUCUGUGCGUGCCGACUGCAAUGUAGUUGAUCUCAAACAUGCGCACCGGCUUGGCAGUUGGCAGUCUAUGUAGUGAAAAGUGACAUAUUUGUAAUAGUGUCUUUUUUUGUUGUUGCAGAAACGCGUGGUGAAUGUGUAUCGUCUGAUCACGCGGGGCACCCUGGAAGAGAAGAUCAUGGGCCUGCAGAAGUUCAAGAUGAACAUCGCCAACACGGUCAUCAGCCAGGAGAACGCCAACCUGCAGAGUAUGGGCACCGACCAGCUCCUCAACCUCUUCACCCUGGACAAGGUCAGUAGCUCUCCCUUGGGUACACACACUUAUGCACUCUCUCUUUCCUCGUCUUCUUGGUCAUCUUCAUGGUCAUGCUACUCUUUCACUUACACAUCCAUUUAACCUUUUUUUUUUUUUUUUUUUGCCUGUCCAACGUGUAUAUGUUUCCGUCUCUCUAACUGGUCUCUCUCUGUCUAGGAUGGGAAGGAUGAUAAGGGUGAGUCGUCAUCCUCAGGAGGGAAAGCCUCCAUUAAGAACGUGCUGGACGGUCUGGGGGACCUGUGGGACCAGCAGCAGUAUGACACAGAGUACAACCUGGACAGCUUCAUGCACGCUCUCCACUAGCUUCUCUUACCCAGCCAGACUAAACGAUGCUCAUCCCCAUCCACCUCCAGCCUAGCAGGGUCAUUCUAGACAGCCCUCAGGAUGCUCAUCUCAGAAUGGGAUCCCCCUCACACGCACAAGUUUAGCCACAUUGACAUUCGCCCAAGCCCCAAGGAUUCUGUUUUCAAAUCCCCCCCCAACAACAACAUCCAGGGUUCAGUGCUAUCUGCCAGUCUGAUUCUAGUUAUCCCUAUGGCUCCCUCAGUAUUCUCUCACCCGAAGGCCUACUGACUUGACCACCUAAAAGCCUUCCCAGCUUCAGUCCUGUCUGCCCUGUGCCCUCUUUUCCCAGGGGGACAGAGGAGCAGGGCCCUCUAGUCUCUCCUUGGGACUGCCUGUACAGUGGAGCAGCAAGAUGGGACUCCCCAGAGACUCCUCCAGCCCUGUGGUGGUUCUCCUUAUAAUCUGCAGUCUUAAAGCACUCUGGCACCCACUAUUAGAGGACUACCAGUGCUCUAUUGACAUAUGGCCAAAAACAAGAUGUGUGAUUGAAAGAAAGAGGGGGAGGCAGGGAUUGUUGUGAGCUGACUUAUAGGAACACACCCCAGUGUGCUGGCUCUUUAUAGCGGGCUACUGGAUUGUGCUGUACUGGGUUGUAGACCUGUGACUGUAGAUGACUCCUAUCCCCAGGUGGCGCUCGUCUCCCCACAGAUGUCCUGUGUAAGCACAUUCAUUUGACCUUUCUCAGCACAGAACUCUUAUCAGUCAACUGGCCUGGCACAUGAUUGGAAAAGCUAUGGUCAUGGCCAGUGCUGCUCCUCCCCAACCUUGUGAAAUGUUACUCUGAAUGGCACUGCACUGAAGCAGCAGCACAGGGAAUUAUACAGUGGGGCCAAACUGAAAUGGGCCCCCAAAGAGGACUUGUCACAGAGUUUUAAGAAGAAAAUGUAGACCUGUAAAUAUUAAUGUAGUUGUUGCUUUUUGUUUAAACUAAUAGAAUUAUAAUAAAUUCUACAG